GGAGUCAGAUGAAAGUAAAUCUGGAGGAUCAUGUUAUUGUUCCUGAAUUGGAUCCCAACAUAGAUUUUCCAGACAGAUUUGUUGAAGACUAUGUGUCAAAUCUCACGAGAACUCCCUUAGACCUCUCCAAACCAUUAUGGGAACUCCACCUUCUCAACAUCAAAACCUCAGAUGCAGAGGCUGUCGCAGUUUUUAGGAUCCAUCAUUCGAUGGGCGAUGGUGCAUCUCUCACAUCUCUUCUCCUAGCAUGCACACGUAAAACCUCAGACCCAGAAGCAUUGCCAAGUAUUCCAGUAAAAAAAGGAGCAGCGCCUACUAAUUCGAGCGGCUUUUGGUGGUUCUUUUUAGCGGCUUGGUGGGUUUUAAGGUUGAUUCGGAACACUUUGGUGGAUGUCGUGCUGUUUGUAGCGACCUCUCUAUUUCUGAAAGAUAUGAAAACUCCGAUCAAGGGUGAACAUGGGGUUGAACGGAAUAUCAAAAGGUUUGUGCAUCAGACGGUCAGUUUGGACGACAUAAAGCUAGUCAAGAAUGCAAUGAACCAUUUGAUUCAUACCGUAAACGAUGUUCUUGUUGGAGUAGUUCAAGCUGGCCUCUCGAGAUAUCUGAACCGUAGAUACGGUGAGGAGCAGAAAGAUGGGCAAGUGAAGCAGAGGAAAAGCAUUAUUAUUCCAAAAUGUAUCCGCCUUAGGGCAAUCAUUCCCGUCAAUCUAAGAAAAAUCGCGGGAAUCCAGGUUGCUGCUGCUAUAAUACACCGAGCAAUCUUUCACACAACAAUGGCCAUUUCUGGAUUGGUUGGUCCGCAAGAAGAAAUUAGCUUUUAUGGCCAUCCAAUUGCUUACCUUGCUCCUAGUGGUUAUGGGCACCCAAUUGCAUUGACUGUUCAUUUCCAAAGUUAUGCGCACAGGAUGACCCUUGCUUUGGCAGUCGACCCAACUGUGAUUCCCGAUCCUCACCUGCUCUGCGAAGAUUUAGAAGAAUCGCUCAAACUUAUCCGAGACGCUGUACUGAAAAAAAAGACUUAUAAAGGAUGCUGUCUAAGAGGAGUAUUUGUCUAA